AUGUCGUCCUGCUUUGGUUUCCGUGGACGCAGCGAUGACCAGCAGCCGCUGCUGCCCCAGUACCGCGAUGACACGACCCUACAGAGGGAGCUCCACCAGAAGCUGCACUCUUACCAGAUGAUCCGUGCUCUUGGAAAAGGCUUCAUGCCAUCCAACGAGCAGCUCAUCAUCAACCUUCGAACGCUCCUUGCUGCCGACAUCCUCAACCCUGACAACCCAGAGCUGAGCGAUUCUGGGCGCCUGCUCGUCAAGUUCACCAAACAAUGGCUUCACCAGUUCAUCGACUUGUUGCUGCACAAGAACAGCGAAGACCAGAUCCAGGACUUCCUGUGGUACUUGUCCAAGGCUCGCGUUGAGGUCGACGUAGCAGACAUCGCCCGAAGUGCCACUCGCUCCAAGGCCAAGGCCGACACGUUUGCAGCCUAUCAAAGCCUCCAAACCGUUGGCUCGCUGUUGCUCACGAACUCGGACUUCCGCAUCUUCUUGUCAGACCUCAACACGGUUGGCCGAGAGGUCUUCAAGGACACCGCUUUCACAAUCUCGGAUGUUGCAAAGGAAGUCGGCAAGAAGGUCGAGCCUUCUGAGGCAGAGCAAAAGGCACUGAAAGAGCCGGGCGCAGAUGCUGGUAACGGCAAGGCUGUCUCGUCCGAGGAAUUGAAUGGCGAGGUCACCGAGGUUGCCAAAGCGGUAGGCUCAGGCGUAGUCGAGGUGGCCCAAGAGACCGGCAACAGCAUUGUCGACAAGCUCCAGGGUGCUGAAGGCGACUCGCUGUCGUACAGGUUGAAGAAGACUGUCACAAACCUCCGUCAGAAGCGUGACUACUCCGACUCGGUCUCCACUCUGUCUCUGCUCCUACAAAGAUACGCCAGGACCUAUUCCCGCAUGGCCGAGGAGGCUGUGGGUACUGUUCAGAACGAUGUCGACACCAACCGGGAAAUGGACAAGGCCGUGAAGAACUUCUGGUUGCUCAUGAGUUCGUUUGGCGACCGCAACGAGUGGAAGGAGCUCGAGACUCGCUUCCACAAACUGCUGGAGCACUCCAAGCGAGACCCUGCCUUUGAGGACCUUCUCAUGGACAUCGGCAACUCUCUACAGAAGCUAUUGACGGAUCCAGAUUUCUUCGACCACGUGGAUGAGAAAUUUCAGGAACUUCGCAAGAAGUCGAGCAGUGUAGGUAAUGAAUCCUCGCUCCGCAAGGAUGUAGAUGCCUUCUUUGAGCAGGCUCAGAGGACAUUCGCAGCCGUAACACGUGACGAGGACGUUGCGAAGCUCAUCAGUUCGACCUUCCGCAUCUGGAGCAUACUGUCACCGCAGCACAGCUACACCAACACCGAGCUGAUUCAGGAUGCCAUCAACGUUUUUGUCCCGCUCAUCAUCUCGGCGAUUCAGUACGUUCCCAUUCCACGUCUCGAGGUCUCCACACCCGAGAUCGAUCUUCUUUUGGAGAACCUGAUCAUCGAGCCUGGAAAGACGAUCAACCACACGUCCUUCCUCCCCUUCCGCUUCAAGGUUGAGACAUACAACGACUUCGAGCUGCGCAAGGCUCGCUUCCGCGUUGCUUCCAAGGCAACAUCCAAGUUCACUAUCAAGAUCGAUGGACUCUCAUUCCGCGCCGAUGAGAUUGGUUUCCUUCUGCGAGCCCACUCCGGUUUGUUGCGUCUGGCAGACGAAGGUAUCGCGUCAUUUCAGAUGGAUGAGCGUGGCCUGGACAUUCAUCUCGAUGUCGAGAUUGGCAAAGAAAGACAGGAACAGAUCCUCACACUGCGCGCUGUUCGUGUUAACAUCCACAAGCUGAGCUACACCCUGCGCAAGUCCAAGUUCAGCUUCUUUGGCUGGAUCCUGAAGCCGUUGCUUCGUCCUGUCAUCCGCAAGGUGAUGGAGAUGCAGCUGGCGAAGGGUAUUGCCGAUGCCAUCCACUCUGCCAACCGCGAGCUUCUGUUCGCGCGCGAGAGGCUUAGGGCCACGCGCAUCUCGGACCCUGACGAUCUGAGGACGUUCUUCAAGGCUGUUCUGACCCGUUUGACGCCAGAGGAUGACCCCGACCUGUAUACUCGUGUUGGUGUUGCGGCGCCCGGCAAGGGUGUCUUCGCUGGCAAGUACGCACCUGGCAGUGUCGUCAAGCUUUGGGAAGAAGAAGGUCGCCGCGCGACCGAGAGAAUCGACGACUGGGAUGAGGGUGGCUGGAGGAAUGAUGUCUUCGACAUGCACACGCAGAUGCUUUCCUAA